AGCGGUAGUGUGAGCGACGUCAGUGGAGUGUGGAGAGUGCAAGAGGAGAGCGCCCCCCAAGCCGAGAGCCAAGAUGAACGCGUCCGAUGCCGACCGCCAGAUCAAGCAGAUGGUGAAUUUCAUUCUCCAGGAGGCGCAGGAGAAGGCCAACGAGAUCCGCAUCAAGACGGAGCACGACUUCAACCUGGAGAAGCAGAUGCUGGUGCACAACGCCAAGAUCAAGAUCCAGGAGGAGUACACGCGCAAGGAGAAGGAGCGCGAGAUCAACAAGCGCAUUGCGCGCUCCGCGGAGAUCGGCGCCUCGCGACGACAGAAGAUGAUCGCGCGUGACGAGCUGCUCAAGACCCUGAUCGUGGAGGGCCAGGCCCAGCUGCGGAACUACACGACGGCCGACGACAAGAACAAGGUGCUGCUGCGCGACCUGAUCGUGCAGGGCCUGAUCAAGCUCUUCGAGCCGGAGGUGGUGGUCGCCGUGCGCGCCAAGGACGUGCGUCUCGCCGAGGCCGUGCUCAAGGAGGCCACGGACAAGUACAUCGCCAUCGUCAAGAAGGAGGCCAACGUGGACGUGAGCAAGGUCAAGGUCACGCUCAACAAGGCCGCGGACGGCAUGCUGCCCGACUCCAAGGCCGGCGGUAUCGUGCUGUACGCCAAGCAGGGCAAGAUCGUGUGCGACAACACGCUGGACACGCGCCUGGACCAGAUCUACUACGACCUCAAGCCCACGGUCCGCAAGAUGUUGUUCCCGACUCCUUAGAGCGGGAGGGACUCCGGCUAAGCAAUUGACUCUCGCAGUGACGGAAGGGGGAGGAGAUGAUGCGCCCAAUUCGACGUGGCGUUGUGAUGCUGCGGAGGAGACGACCGACGCAGCAUGGCGACGCAAUCGAGCACCAAGGCCUAGCUAGGUUUUGUGUCUACUUACCUUACACAGCACAAUUACAACGGUGUUGAAGUGUUUGGAAAAGUGUGCUUUGCCAACG